GAGUGCACAGAGCGAGGGAGGGAGGGAGAGAGAUGGGUGGCAGAACGGCCGGUGUGCUGGAGGUGGAUGACCAAGAAGUGCUCAUCUGCUCCGGCCAGCUGUAGACGGUAGAGACAGUGAUUAGUAGGAUGAGUUAUAACCAGCCGUCGUGUCGUUGUUUAUAGGCUACAUAAAGAUGAAACACACCGGAAACAUCAACCGUGACCGCCUCCCCCUGUCCUGACAGCCGGAGUCCUCUGCACCGACACGGACACGCUCGCUGCCCGCGGUACCGACGGGGAGCCUCGGUCCUGCAGGCGGGCUGCUGCUGGGUCUCCGGACCGAACAUCUAAAAAUCCCAAACCUUUUUAUGUGACAGCUCUGUCGCGUUGAUAGACGUGUGAAAAAACAAAGGAGACUGAUGCUGAUCCCUUCUGUGAAAUCACCUUCGCGGUUCACCUUGGAAAUAAGAAAGUAAAAAAGGAAAACGCAUGAAAGGUUGAUCAUGCAGCAGCAACCAAUCAGCACCGACCAUUUUGGGCCCAACAUGCAGCCUGGACCCUGUGCGUUGAUCGGAUUCGGUCCUGGUUUACUUCCACAGCUCACAACCCAGGAACCAAUGCUGUUCAGCCAAUCAGAGGAGCCCAAGAAACAGUCUUUAUUGAGCCCCAUGCAGGCUGUCAGAGUGACUAACGAAAUGCAGUCAGGGUACCCAAAGUCUGGGUCCACUGCAGCGACACUGAUGAGCAUAAGCCGCCCGAGACCCACCGCUUUGGGAACAAAACCUGCUUAUAAGUCUCCCAGAAUCUUAGAGGACCUCUCCAAGAAAAUAGAUUUGAUCCCGGUUUGUAUCCCAGGACCUCAGAGUGCCAACCACACGUCACAUUCGCAGACUGAGGCCUCCCUCUGCCGCCUCAGUCCUCAGAGCCCCCGCAGCCCUCAGCCUUUCACCAGCCAGCCUUACCUGAGCUCCUCCAACACCCUCAGCCCUCAGCCACAGAGAACCCCCUCACCUGGGGGCUCCUCACCGAGCCAAGAGCAGCCCAAGAAGCCAGGAGAGAACAAUGACUUCAGGGUGUACAUCGUCACGUGGAAUGUGGGGUCAGCUGUCCCGCCAGAUGACAUCACUUCUCUGUUCGGACCAAAUGUUUCAGAUGGGAGCGUUGACAUGUUUAUCAUCGGAUUCCAGGAAGUCAACUCCAUGAUAAACAAGCGGCUAAAGGAGGCUCUUUUUUCAGACCAGUGGAGUGAGCGUUGCAUGGAUACACUCAGUCCUUUUGGAUAUGUUUUGGUGGCGUCCCAGCGUAUGCAGGGAGUGCUGCUGCUGGUUUUUUCCAAAUGGGGCCAUCUUCCCUUCCUCAGAGGUGUUCAGACAGAGAGUACGCGCACAGGUCUUGGGGGAUAUUGGGGGAAUAAAGGGGGCGUCAGUGCGAGGAUGACGAUGUUCGGCCACCCGGUGUGCUUCCUCAACUGUCACCUGCCCGCUCACAUGAGGAACCUGGAGCAGCGCAUGGAGGACUUUGAAAGCAUCCUGCAGCAGCAGCAGUUUGAAGGAGGCACUGCCACGGGGGUGCUGGACCACGAUGUCGUUUUUUGGUUUGGGGAUUUAAAUUUCCGUAUUGAGGACUAUGACAUCCAUGUGGUGAAAUGUGCCAUCGAGAGCAGUAAGCUUCCUCUUCUGUUGGAGCGAGAUCAGCUGAACAUGGCUAAAAACACAGAGUCUGUCCUUGAAGGCUUCCUUGAGGGACCUUUACAUUUCCCUCCUACUUAUAAGUUUGAUGUGGGCACUCACACGUACGACACCAGUGCGAAGAAGAGGAAACCGGCCUGGACAGAUCGCAUCCUCUGGCGCACUCGUCGCACCGGCUCCCCAGCUCCUACCCACAAUGCAGCACUGCAGCGGGGUCUGACCUCCUGGCUGGGUGGAGCGACUAAAGUGACACAGCAUGUGUACAGAAGUCACAUGGGCUACACCAUCAGCGACCACAAGCCUGUUUCUGCUGUGUUUUCACUGCAUUUCCCAUUCAAGGUGGAUAUGCCCCUGGUGGAGCUGCAGGUAAACAAGGAGUGGUGCAAAGUCUCAGAAGCUACAGUUCGAUUCACAGUUGCAUCGACUUAUCAGCGCAGCUCGUGGGACUGGGUAGCAAUAUACAAGGUUGGAUUCAGACAUCACAAAGAUUACCAGGCAUACAUAUGGGCCAAGGGAGAGCAUACAACACAGGUGACAUUUUCGGAUGAGGAUUUGCCGAGAGAUGAUGGUGAAUACAUCCUGGGCUACUACAGUAACAACAUGAACAGCAUUGUUGGGCUGUCAAUGCCAAUUCAGAUCAGGAUCCCCAUCCACAGCCCCACCGCGCGUCGCUCCAGCAGCUCGGAGGUCAGCUCAGAAGACGACAGCACUCUGGUCCUGCUGGCUCCGUGCUCCCGCAGCCCCAGCCCCAAAAACGGCAAACACCACCACCGCCAUCGCCGCAGCCGAAGCCCCGCCCCCCCUGCUCUCACCUCCAACCCCCUCCCCUCCCUGCAGGGCCUCAGCCUCUGUCCUCGCUCCAAAGAAGGACAGACUCUCUCCCCCUCAUCUGCUGCUAAGAAGGAGCGACUGGUCUCGCCCGACACUGUGUUGUCCCCCACCAUCAGCCCGCUCACCCCCCGCAGCCCGGUGUCUCCGGGCAGGGGGGUGACUGCACCCGAGGCUCUGAUAGCUGCCAUCCUAGGUGAACACAGACCAGCUCAGGUUAGCCCCACAGGGGUCAAGCACAUAGGAAAGACAGGGAAAACAGACACAUAGAAUAUGAACAUCUAUUUUUAAAGGGAUGCUUCACACAAAGAAAGGCCAUUUGUGUAUCAAUAAUUCACCCUAUGUUAUUUUGAAUUAUUAAAGACAAUGUUUCUCUUCCAUGCCUUUACAUUAACCUCAAAAACGUUUUUUAGUCAUGAAGAAACUGAUUUCAAUGUUUAAAACACAGCAAAACGAUAUCAACAUUUCCGUUGACGAAAACACUUAAAGGUGGGGUAGGUACUUUUGGAGAAACCAGCUCGAGUGUGCUAGAAUUUGAAAAUACACAG